CAGAACAAAUAAACAGAACAAACUCGAGCAAAGCCACCAUGUGUUCCGCCGACAUCUUCCUCGGCGUCCUCGCCAUCCUCUUCCCUCCGCUGCCCGUCUGGGUCAAGCGCGGCAUCUGCAGCGCAGACUCCCUCAUCAACAUCCUCCUCUGCAUCCUCGGCUUCAUCCCAGGCCUCCUCCACGCCUGGUACAUCAUCGCCAAGUUCCCCGAGCCGCCCUACGAAUACGACGCCGUCCCCAACGACGAGCGCUACGGCAGCAACCGCGUCACCUACGUCUACGUCCAGUCCCCUCCCGGACCUCACCACCAGCAGCCCAAGCCGCAGGACGGCAACGGCCGCAUGAACUACGGGACGACCUCGCAGCUACAACACCACAGCCCGUCGCCUCAGCCGCAGCAGCAUGGGGUGACGGGCUCGGGAGAGGGCAGCUCUGAUCAUCACCAGGGUGUGCCGCCUUCGUAUGCUGAGGUCGUUGCUGGCGACCACAAGGUGCAGACGCGUGAUUAAUGGAAGACAAAGAGAUAAUGAUCGUAUGCCGCCAUCAGCCCGAAUAUGUCAAAUGAUACCCCAAUACACAUGUACGGAGGCAGAAACCGUGGCGGCGAUGGAGACGCGUGAUAUGCUGCAGCGAAGUGUGGGCGAAUAGAGAGUAGAGAGGUGUUUGCUCUUCAAGACUCUUGUUUAUAACCGAGGUCCUCUCACUACUUCGUUAAUGAUCUAUAUUGACUAGCUUUUGAGGCGUUAGGGAUUAUAGCACAUGAUUUGGUCAAGGUUUUGGCCUCGUUUCUUUGAUUUAGGAGCCGUUUCGACCAUUGGUGGCCAUCUCUACUGAGCUAUUUGUAGAUGGCACCACGGUCCUGAUA